GCGCGAUAUCGGAUAACAGCCGAGCAGCUGUUGGUUUAAAAUUCGCCCCAUUUGCCGGUUUCAUUGUUUUGAAGGAUUCAGAUAUUGGGAUCUGACUGCCAGAAUGAUUCACUUGGAGUGGUAUGUCACGCGGAUAAAGCCCGCCAUUGAAGCCUUCCUGAAGGAGCCCAGCAAAAGCACGCUUUCCCUGGUUGAGCGUGAAAUUGAGGGAUUUAACUUUGGAGAAAUGCGCAUCUACCAGGUGCAGACCCUGGUGCCGUUGGUGCUUAAACUGGACGAGCUUACGGGGGAGAAUCAGGAACUCCGCACUAGUUUAAUGAAUUGCCUUAGUACCAUUGUGUCCCGCGCCUACCUGGCCGAUGCGAAGGGGUUGCGGUCCAUCCUGGUGGUAGUAAUGCAGCAGAUUGUUGACCCAAAAACGGCAACCAUGCGACCAGACCUCUCAGAGGAAAUUAAGCUGGCUGCAGUCGAAUGCAUAUUCGAGGCACUGCGUCGCUCCACUAGCGAUGUUCUGGAGACGUUCUACUCUAAGGAAGCGGCGAUGAUCAUUGGACAGAUUCUUAUUACGCUGCUAAAUAUCAUUGAGCACGAGAAGUACCGGAAACUUGUCCAGACCGCUGUGAAGUGUUUAAUGGUGGUUUUCUACGUCCAUGACGAGUCCGACGCCAUGGACGUGGUACUGCGCAGUCAGGUGGCCAACACCACAUUCAUUUUCCUUCCAAAAGUCCUUAUUGUGCUAUUUAAAACGUCCUUAAAGGAUGAUAAAGUCGGUGAGACCUUAAAAUCCAUGACGGUCCAAGCCCUUGGACGCAUUAUCUGCAUCAUGUUUGAGGAAACGACAGAGGAAUUUAUGAAACUUCGCUAUGAUGUAGGCGCAUUCCGGAAUCUUUUAGAUAGCUCUACGGAAAAUUCCGAGCAGACAAGUGAAUUUAAAUACUUUUCCAAUAAAAAAGCCAGUGUUGAAGAAAAUGAGGAGCGACUUCAUGAAAUGCAGUCCGAGCUGCGCUCCCUCAAAUGGAUCGGGGCAACAUCGCGUCGUUUGCGGCCCAUCUUUGUGGAGACAAGUAUUCUGAGGGCACAUCCUUCACUUAAGAUAAGGGAGUCCUAUGCCGAAAUGUGUUGCCUUCUGCUCUCGCACUGCGUCCAUAACUUGCGCAGCAACUUUUUACAUAUACUGGAGAGUGUAAUGGCUUUAUCGGAGGACGAAAACGAAGCGAUAGCCCAACGCUGCAGAAAUACAUUGAUUCAGCUGCAACAGCAAACUAACAGCCAAGGAAUAUUUGACGAGAAUGCGGAAAUGCUAUUAGAUGCGCACCUCAAUAAAUGGCCUCGUAUUUUACACCGCUGCGAGGACAAUGAGCAGUUCGCUGAGUUACUCUUUUUCAAGGGAUUCCUAAAGAAUGUCAAAUCUGAAAAACUUCAACUUCUGCUCUUAGUGCCAAAGAACCUCGAAAUGUUCGUCAAUUGUCUUCUAAUGGCUUUAGAUUUGCGAACUUCGCGGGAUCUUCUCAACGAGGAAUACUCCCUCCGCCAAAUUCGGACGGGGAAUUCGAAGGACCUGUAUUCAGAGUUGUCAAAGUUGCAAUGGCGCCAGUUUAAGUACCUGGGAUCAAAGCGAACUGUGGAUAUUCUUUACGAUAUAGCAACUUUAUUAGGCACAGAACCCACCAUAAACCGAGUUAUCUUCGACUAUUGUCAGGAGCAGAUUCAGCAAAGAUCAGCCGCCAUGAAUGAGGCAGUCUUGCUCCUAACGUUAAUGAUCACAACGCCAGUCAAGAUAGCUAGGGAAAGUCGCUUGAUGUUGGCCCAGCUUUUUUUGGACCAGCUUCUGCGGGAAGAGCAUUGGAACCUAUCCUUACAGCCCGAUGCCUCCUGGCGUUUAAAAGUGGAAAAGCCAACUAACUGGUUUAAGGACUAUACCCCGGGCCUGUAUUCAUCAGCUGUGGAAAUUCGUACUCAGGAUUGCGAUUCUGAUGAUGAGGAGUUGGCAGACGUGGUCAGUAGUCGUGUAAAUAUUGCGGAUGCCCAGUUCAAUGUGUUGCACACAUGUUUGGUACUAUACGCAGUCGGCCAUUGUGCCAAGUUCAUUGGCGAUACCUUCGACAGAUAUAUCUUUCAGAGCCUGCAUAAAGUUCUCCUUAAAGUAUCCAGUAGCAACACCAUUGUGUACCAAGCGGCUAGUUUCGCAUUCGUGUCAAUGCAGCUGGCUCUGAAAUACGCGGAACCAUCGCAUUUCAUUGAGUGUUCUACGGAUUAUAUAACCUUUCAUUUGAACUCGUUACUUAAAAAGUCGCCGGAGAGCCCAGCCGCCGUGGAUAUUCUCACCGUGGUGCUUCAGUACAGCACAAGGGGAAAUGUGCCCCAUUUAGAUAGUAUAUUCCAGACGAUACGGGAGGAGUGUUCCAAGCGUCACCAAACAUCCAAUGUGCACUCAUAUCUGCGCGUUUUCAAUGCAUUCCUUAAACACAUAACAGGCUGGCAACACGACACCCGGACACAGGUCGAUGCGGAGCACGACAUGCAAGUAGACGAGGAUAAGGGAGCUCUUGACACCUGGCUGAGCGUACUCCAGAGGCCGCGUUUGUUGGACGAUCUAAAUGGAGACGAAAAUAUGACAGAAGUACCAAACAAAAAUGAAGAGGAUGUCACGGAAGAGGAAGCGGAAACCGAACCCGCAAAGCCUACUUUACCACGUCACAUUGAAAUGGUGAAGGAUAUUCUGGGCCAGGUCAUUAAGUUUAUAUCUACCGAUGACCAAGCUCAGCAGAUUGCCGCCCUCGAGUGCUUCGCCAGUGGUGUACCCCUCUUAGCGGAUUAUGAAAACGAACUCUUGCCACUGGUGCACCUUGUUUGGCAACCGCUUGUGGAAAAAUUCCGUCAAAAGGAUGCUCUGGUGCUUAACCGCUGUUUUACAUUGUUACACCUUCUCGGUGUUCACUCAAAGGAGUUUAUAUUUAAGAGAAGCCUCAGCGAUGUGAUACCCCAACUGAAACAGUUUCUCCAAGUGGCCAGCAAGCACAGUAAAAUGGAAACCUCAUUGGCGAAGACCCAAGAGUACAAGUUACAAGUAAAGUUGCUUCAGAGCCUGUCAGAUUUUAUAAUAGGCCUUCAAAUAGACGGAAAACACUUCCACGAGUUAUUAUCCACCGUUGUGAUUUACCUGUCGCAGGAACAGCCGGCAGAGUUGCAAGCUCUAGCCAAGGAUUGCAUUCUCCAGUUGGUGUGCUACAAUGGACCCUUUCUUUAUGUGACUUUACUCCAAAGGGCACACCUUAAGGAUUAUAUGAAUAGUGUUAGCCAGAUCCUGGGAGUCAUGGGCUUCAGCUUAGCUAAAGGAGGUGACCUCGAUUAAUAAUAAAGAAGCGACCAAUUUUAUUUUUCACAA